GAAAAAUAAGAAGGAAAAAUGGCAAGUUACAUGCCCCCGUUGCACGUUCCCUUGGAGACAAAAUGGAAGCAUUGGCCCACCUAUAUCUACGAUAAGAACUACGGUUAUGGGAUCAAUUACUAUCAACCGAUGCUGGAUCACAUCGAUCGUGAAGGUCGACCCUCGUCGUUACCAAGAUAUCGUAGAAGAUCGGAACCACCGGAAUUACCAUGGUCGGAUGGAAGGCUUUUAUGGGAGGAUAAACCCGUGGAACCGUAUUCGAGACACGAAUUGAUCAAGCGGGCAAUCGACGCGGAGGACGAGGCCAGGGAUCAUCUAACCCAUUUCAAGAUAGCGAAUCGGUCGGACUUCAGCUUGGCCAAAACAGCGCAAGCCAGCCACGUGACCAGAGAGGUGUUUCCGCGGAAGUUGGAGGAGAUCAAGUUGAAACCGUUACCUCUGCUCGUUGAGAGUGCACGGGCCAAGGCUAGGGCUAGACAACUGCAGCGUGAAAUGGCAGACAUCGAUUUCCAAUCUCUGAGAGACGCUCGUACCCUCUCCGAGGUAGAGAACGCCUUGGAAUUUGGGAAGAGUCUUCGAGGAAAAUCGGCGAGGGCGAUCGGAUUCCAUUUGACGGCCGAGGCUUAUAAGAAUUUGAACAAGAGUAAGGAAUUGGCCGAUAUCAGAAAAUAUCAGAAGGAGUGUGCCUCCUCGAGUUAUUGCUGGGAUACCAGGGAACAUUUGAGGCACAUAGAGGAGAGAACGAGGAAAUUACUCGACGAGGACAGGCUCGCCGAACCGUUGGACAACCUGAGCAGGGAGCUGAAAGGAUACGAGGAGAAGUCGAGCAGCUACUUCCUGGACAAGAGGUAUCGACACCCGACCAGACCGAGACGAUUGUACGGAUGCCUGGGAAUCAGGCCCGCUUAAAAGGAUGGAAAUUCUAGUAGAUUAGAUACCUAGCCGUGUGGGUAAGAGUAAUGUGACACGGACCAAUGGAAAGAAUAAAUGAUAAAAUAUGAGAGAAUCAA